AUGACAAAUUUGCGACCUGAUGACAUUGAUCAAGCACCAAUGGAAUAUACGAUAGUGGACGAUGAUGCACAGAUUAUUUUAGAAGAUGAUGAAGAUGCUCUCGAUGAGAACCUGCCAUAUGAAAACGUGACAGACGAAGAAAAUGAUACAAAUUUUAUCGAAGCAUUACCCAUAUCUGGCACCAGCGCAGCAACCAGCGAAGGACCACAACCAGGAAUCAGCGACGCAGACCACGGAGGACGGGACUUAAUGGAUAUAUUUAAUUAUUCUAAUUUUAUUAAUGGUGGUGGGUCUAAUAACUCUACUAACAUUAGUAUAGAUACCGUCCAGGAGGACAUUCAUUCGGACGGGGACGACUGUGCCGAUUUUGAAGAAGACGCGGUCGGUUGGGACGAUGCGUUCGACAUAUUCGAUGACAUGUCUUUAAUUGACUGUCUGAGAUACCUUGCUGUAUCGCAUCAGCUCCCCCGUUCGACGGUCAACAUGAUGCUGGCGAUCCUACGGAAGAAGCUGAAUUUAGAUCUUCCCAAAGAUGCGCGGACGCUUGUGAAGACACCCACUGGGGUUGGGAAGAUUGUCACUCCCAUCCCUGGUGAUGAUUUUUGGUAUGGAGGUCUUAAGCCGGUCCUGACCCAGCAUUUGCAGAACGUCAAUCCCGGAGUGACACCUUUUUCAUUGGACGUGUCAAUCGACGGGCUACCACUUCACCAUAGUGGGCCAACCGAGCUGUGGCCAAUACUGGUGAGAAUGGUAGAGUUGCCAAAGCUGCCGGUGAUGGUGGUUGCUACAUUUAGCGGCCCAUCAAAGCCGGGAAGCAUCAUCCCGUUUCUUCGGCCGUUAAUAGAUGAGCUGAAUCUGAUUCAGCGGGAAGGCUUGGUAAUCGGCGAUAAAACGGUGCAGUUUAGAGUUCGUGCUUUUAUCGCUGAUUCGCCAGCUCGAGCACUUUUAAAGGCAACAACGAGCUACAACGGAUAUCACGGUUGUUUGAAGUGUUCUGCUGUUGGCGAAUACUUAGCCGAUCGUAAAAAAAUGAUUUUUGAUACGAUCGAUGCUCCCCUGCGGACGGACGCAGGGUUUCGUAGUAGAGUAUGUGUGGACCAUAAUAAGUCUUGGCGAUCCCCAUUUGAAUACUUAGACAAUUUUGAUAUGGUC